GCUCAGUGCGCCUGCGCGCGUGCGGAAGCGGCGGUGGCGGCUCCGGGGCAGGCGCGGCCAUGGCGCAGCCGGAGAAGCUGCUUAAGGAACAGAAGUACGAUCGGCAGCUGAGAUUGUGGGGUGAUCACGGGCAAGAGGCUUUGGAAUCUGCUCAUGUUUGUCUGAUAAAUGCAACAGCUACAGGAACUGAAAUUCUUAAAAACUUGGUACUACCAGGUAUUGGAUCAUUUACGAUUAUUGAUAGAAAUCAGGUCAGCGGAGAAGAUGCUGGCAAUAAUUUUUUCCUUCAAAGGAGCAGUAUUGGCAAGAACAGAGCUGAAGCUGCCAUGGAGUUCUUACAAGAACUAAAUAAUGAUGUCUCUGGAAGUUUUGUGGAAGAGAGCCCAGAAAACCUUCUAGACAAUGAUCCUUCAUUUUUCUGUAGGUUUACUAUUGUGGUUGCAACUCAGCUUCCUGAAAGUACAUUACUGCGUUUAGCAGAUGUCCUCUGGAAUUCCCAGAUCCCUCUUUUGAUCUGUAGGACAUAUGGACUGGUUGGUUAUAUGAGGAUCAUUAUAAAAGAGCAUCCAGUAAUAGAAUCUCAUCCAGAUAAUACAUUAGAGGAUCUACGACUGGAUAAGCCAUUUCCUGAACUGAGAGAACAUUUUCAGUCUUAUGAUUUAGAUCAUAUGGAAAAAAAGGACCACAGCCAUACUCCAUGGAUUGUGAUUGUAGCUAAAUAUUUAGCACAGUGGUAUAGUGAAACAAAUGGACGAAUUCCUAAAACCUAUAAAGAAAAAGAAGACUUCAGAGAUUUGAUUAGACAAGGAAUUUUGAAGAAUGAAAAUGGAACUCCAGAAGAUGAAGAGAAUUUUGAAGAAGCUAUUAAAAAUGUGAACACAGCGCUAAAUACAACUAAGAUUCCGAGCAAUAUUGAAGAUAUCUUUAAUGAUGAUUGCUGCAUAAAUAUUACAAAACAGACUCCACCAUUUUGGAUUCUAGCUCGUGCCUUAAAGGAAUUUGUGGCCAAAGAAGGUCAAGGAAGUUUACCAGUUCGAGGCACAAUUCCUGACAUGAUUGCAGAUUCAGGCAAAUAUAUAAAACUACAAAAUGUUUACCGUGAAAAAGCAAAGAAAGAUGCUGCUGCUGUAGGUCAUCAUGUUGCCAAAUUGUUACAGUCCAUUGGCCAGGCACCAGAGUCCAUUUCGGAGAAAGAAUUAAAAUUACUCUGCAGCAAUUCUGCAUUUCUUCGAGUGGUGCGAUGUCGCUCCUUAGCUGAAGAAUAUGGUGUGGAUACAAUGAACAAGGAUGAAAUUAUUUCCAGUAUGGACAAUCCAGAUAAUGAGAUAGUUUUGUACUUAAUGUUACGGGCUGUUGAUAGAUUUUAUAAACAACAUGGUAGAUAUCCAGGGGUAUUUAACUAUCAAGUAGAAGAAGAUAUAGGAAAAUUAAAGUCCUGUCUGACUGGUUUUCUUCAGGAAUAUGGAUUAUCUGUAAUGGUGAAAGAUGAUUAUGUACAUGAAUUUUGCCGAUAUGGAGCUGCUGAGCCACAUACCAUUGCUGCAUUCUUAGGGGGAGCUGCUGCUCAAGAAGUUAUUAAAAUAGUCACCAAGCAGUUUGUAAUUUUUAAUAAUACUUACAUUUAUAGUGGCAUGUCACAAACUUCAGCAACUUACCAGUUAUAGAUUAGCACCCUGUGUAUCGUGUUAAUGACUAAAAUUGUAAUUGUCUUUAGUAAAAUUAUUGUACAGUUUAAUCUGUAAAAUUCUGCUGAAUAACAGCUGUUAAAUUGUUUCCUCAAUAAAUGUUUUUCUCGUUUG